AUGUUAAUAAACAAUAAAGCUGGCAUCAAUAAGUGUGAAAAUGAAGGAGUAUCACCUCUGUUCGCUGCAUGUUCCGGAGCACAUAAUAAAGUAGUACAUGUGUUAAUAAGCAAUAAGGCUGACAUUAAUAAGUGUAACGAUUAUGGGGCAUCGCCUUUGAACAUUGCUUGUAAAAAAGGACAUACUGAAGUAGUUCGUAUGUUAAUAGAAAAUGAGGCUGACGUUAAUAAGUGUGAUGAUUCUGGAAACUCACCUCUGUUUAUUGCUUCUUUUGAAGGCAAUGCUAAAGUUUGUCGAGACAUUGGAGCAUCACCUCUUUUCAUAGCUUGUCAGGAAGGACAUUCUGAAGUUGUACAGGUGUUAAUAAACAAUAAGGCUGACAUUAAUAAGUGUCGAGACAUUGGAGCAUCACCUCUGUUCAUUGCUUGUCAGGAAGGACAUAGUGAAGUAGUACAGAUAUUAAUAGAAUAUGAGGCUGAUAUUGAUAAGUGUAUAAACACCUCUGUAUAUUGCUUGUUGCAAAGGACAUACUGA